CAGUGCCAGCGGGAGCCGCGGGGGGCGGUGGCGCUGGUGCUGAGGGUCGGCGGGUGACGGUUGGCGGUGGCUGCAGUCCGGCGCUGUGGUCAAUCCCCACUGUGUGGCCCUGAUGUUUCCCCUCGAAAUCCGCGCUGUGUGACAGCCACAGCCUCAACCACAACCACAACCACAACCACAACCACAACCAGGGCCCGCAGCCGUGUGGCAAAGAGGGCUGGAAGGACAGCAGCUGGAACAUGUCAAAUCCGCUACGCAGUGAAGUUGUAAAGCUUUAUAAAAAUUUGCUGCACCUUGGCAAACAAUAUCCAAAGGGAGAAGACUACUUCAGAGGUCGUCUUAAGAUUGCUUUCAUGAAAAACAAAGAUGUUAAGGACCCUAACACCAUCAAGGACCUAAUAGCGAGAGGUGAAUAUGUGAUAAAGGAAUUGGAGGCUAUGUACUAUCUUAAAAAAUACAGAGCGAUGAAACAACGUUAUUAUGACAAUAAGAAAUGAGGUAACCUAAUUUUGAUGACUAUUUGGAAGAUCCUUUUAAUACGAGAUCGACAGGUUGCAUCUUUGUAUCGGGAUAUAUAAUUCAGAUGCUAAAAUGCUGAGUACAUCUAUCAAUAAAAAUAUUAUUCUGUU